CACUUGCAAGUUGCGACCACCAACUAGUCACACAUAGGAUUGACCUGCAGAUUUUAAUAGAACCAUUUCACGAUCCCUUUCUUCCCCAAAACUCGAAAACGUGCCUCACUUUCAUCGCCUAACUACUCACAAUAAUCCCUCCUUUGAAAAUUCAGAUUAAUCAUACUCCUACUCCAUACUAAUAAUCCAGAAUUGUGUUAAUUCCCUAAUUUUGAUUUCGACAAUUCGAUUGAUCGGUUAACCUUUGGUUUGGGGCCAUAGGUGGUUUCUCUCUCCUAUGGCCUCCGAUUCCACUUCUUCCGACUCCGCCUACGAUUCCGCCGCCGAUGUCCAAAACCCUAAUCCCUUUCCUGAUACUCCCACCAACAAUUCCGCCAUUGAUGAUCACCUCAGCUCACUCACAUUGACUCCUCUUGUUGAUGAUGACCUAGCUCCUCCAAUCAACGAUCAACCGUCAUCGCAAUCGCAACCCCAAAUCGAUUCAAAUGAAAUUGAAGAGAGUCAUCGAAGUCCAAUACCGGAAAUUGAUGUUGCACAGUUAGAGGAGGAUGAAGAGGAGGUUAGCAGUGAAGUGGCGGUGGAGGAAGAUGAGGAAGAGGAGAGAGAAAGUAAUUCAGUGAGUGCGAGUGGCGGUACCGGUGUGGUGUGGAGAGAAGUGGAAGGGGAAGCUCCUACAAGCCCUGGAAGUAGUGGUUAUGCUGGGGAAAGAGGUAGCAGUAAUGCCAGUAGUGCAUCUGGGAUUGAAGAGAUUGGAGAGAGAGAUGGAGGUUUAGUCAAUGGCAUAGCUGAUUCUCAACCGGCUUGGGUUCCAGGCAAGCGACAUGUUAACGAGGAUGAUGCCUCUGUUUCAUGGAGGAAGAGGAAAAAGCACUUCUUCAUCCUUAGUAAUUCUGGGAAACCUAUAUAUUCCAGGUAUGGCGAUGAACAUAAGCUUGCUGGAUUUUCAGCAACGUUGCAAGCUAUAAUUUCCUUUGUUGAAAAUGGGGGUGAUCGUGUCAAGUUAGUUCGGGCAGGAAAGCAUCAGGUGGUAUUUCUUGUGAAGGGACCUAUAUACUUGGUCUGUAUUAGCUGUACUGAGGAACCGUAUGAGUCUUUAAGAGGACAGUUGGAGCUGCUUUAUGGUCAGAUGAUCCUUAUUUUGACAAAGUCUGUGAAUAGAUGCUUUGAGAAGAAUUCAAAGUUUGAUAUGACACCAUUGCUUGGUGGAACAGAUGCUGUUUUUUCAUCUCUCAUCCAUUCCUUCAGUUGGAACCCAGCUACUUUUCUUCAUGCCUAUACAUGUCUACCUCUUGCUUAUCCAACGAGGCAAGCUGCAGGUGCCAUAUUGCAAGAUGUUGCUGAUUCAGGGGUCUUAUUUGCAAUAUUGAUGUGUAAACACAAGGUUGUUAGUCUUGUAGGGGCGCAAAAAGCUUCUCUUCAUCCAGAUGAUAUGCUACUGUUGUCAAACUUUGUUAUGUCAUCGGAGUCAUUCAGGACAUCUGAGUCUUUCUCACCAAUAUGCUUGCCAAAAUAUAAUUCCAUGGCGUUUUUAUAUGCAUAUGUUCAAUAUUUGGAUGCUGAUACAUACUUGAUGUUGCUCACUACUCGCUCUGAUGCUUUUUACCAUCUCAAGGAGUGCAGGGCAAGUAUCGAGGCUGUUUUUCUGAAAUCAAAUGUGCUAAGUGAGGUCCAAAGAUCUAUGCUAGAUGGCGGGAUGCAUAUUGAGGAUUUACCUGUGGAUCCAACUUCUCGAUCUGGUUCUGCAUCUUCCCAUUUAGGCCAACAUUCUCCAGAGAGAUUCAGGGAUACAUACACUGGUAUUGGUGGUCCUUGUGGACUCUGGCAUUUUAUAUACCGCAGCAUAUACUUGGAUCAAUAUGUAUCUUCAGAGUUCUCAUCCCCAAUCAAUACACCACAGCAGCAGAAAAGAUUAUUUAGAGCGUACCAGAAGAUCUAUGCUUCCAUGCAUGAUAAAGGAUUUGGUCCCCACAAGACCCAGUUUCGGCGAGAUGAAAAUUAUGUCCUACUUUGCUGGGUGACUCAAGAUUUUGAGCUAUAUGCUGCAUUUGACCCCCUUGCUGACAAGGCUUUGGCAAUCAAGACCUGCAACCGUGUUUGUCAGUGGGUAAAAGAUGUAGAGAAUGAGAUCUUCUUGCUGGGUGCUAGCCCUUUCUCUUGGUGAAAUUUUUCCCUUGGCAUUUUUUUUUAUAUCUUUGGGUAACCUAUCCUCCUUCCACAUUCUCCCCAUCUUGUGGCAGAAAUCUUUAGUUUAUAAAUCCCAUAGGAUAUUGUUUCUUUGAUUUCUUGUUAAUUUUUUCUCAGCUGUUGUAUCUAUUGGAUGUAGUAUUCCUUUUUUGAGCUUAUAGUGCGAAGCCAGCGUAGUUUAUUAGUUAGCAAAUGAUGUAUACUUGUAAUUUCAAUUUGUAGCUUUCUAGAUAUGAGAUCAAUAAUGUAAUGAGGUAGCUCUUCUUACAUAUUGCGGUUUUUGUUUUGUAUAUUGAGCUGCAGCCAGCUACUUAUUGGCAUAUGAUUUAUAGCUAUUUCCAAAUUGCAUAUGAUUUUUGGUUC